AUGGGUCGAUGGGGUUGGCGUCUGUUUGAAGGCGACCAGGACCUCGACGUCGCUUGCACCGUGGUCGACAGCCUGGGUGUCGACACUGAUUCCUGGGAGCACAGUUUGAGUGCGAUGGUUCAUCAAACUGACAUGCUAGCACCACCCGAGGCUGCCGCCUUCUACAGCACCUCUGAGUACGCCGAUAAGCUAGCCAACGAAAUCAUCCCGUGGGUCCGCCAGAAGCUUGACACUGAUAACCUUGGAGAACGGCUGUUCGCUGCCAGUCGCGCCAAGGAAACGGAUAACCUCUUCCAAGACUCCAAGUAUCGCACUAUCAUUCUGGGUGCUCUCAUGAUCCGCGCCGGUGCUCGUAUCAACGCAGCAGACCUGAAGCAUCUGCGUGAUCUAGCGCCCCAAAUCAACUGCACCUCCCGCCAGAUGACCUUAGGGGACCAUGGUUUCAGGACUCCAGGAAAAGCCCAGUUCCUGGCUGCCUUGGAUCACUGCCAGCCCGGUGUUGCACGUAGCUUCCAGGAACCUAGCUGCUUCAAGUGUGGAAAGAUCGAGGAAGAUAUCGGUCACAAGCCUCUGCAAUGCAAGAAGUGCAAAGUCGCAACGUACUGCAGCAAGGACUGCCAACGUGACCAGUGGCGCGAACACCGAGUGAGCUGCAUUCCCCCGAGCCAAUGCCGGAUGCUGAACGUCUGA